AGAUUACAUAAACGUUAGUUUGAGCGUUCGAUACGAUCGACAAGUGGACAUUGUCUCAACCAUCGCUCAGUUUUAUGAUUGUCAUUUGUACGGACAAUCGUUACAAAAGAUGUCGCCCUGCGUGGGCUGUUUAUCGAGCCAAUGGGAUUGUAGAUGGUGUGUGAGCCAACAUACAUGUUUGCCGCAAGAAGGGGACGCAUCAGAUCUGUGCACUUCAAACCACUCAGUUUGCCCCACAAUUCUGGGAGUAGCACCUGAUGAUCAGCAUAUAUCAGUUGGCCAGCCUCGUGCCAUUACAUUGUAUGCAGAGCAUUUACCAUCAGUGGGAACUUAUAGAUGUGAAAUAUUAAUUGAUGGGAAUCGAGAGGCAACCGUUGUGCCUGCAACAAGGAACCCAGCACUAAAUGAAGUUAUAUGCAAUGAGCAUUCAUACAACUAUACACAGAAUGCGGUAACUGCCAGAGCAUCGAUAUCAGUCGCUUGGAAAUUAAAUUUCAUUGUUGAUUAUCGAGAAUUUAAACCAAUUACGUUCUUCAAAUGUUCUGUGGGUCACGGCGAUUGCAGUCGUUGUGUAACAUCAGAUGCUAUUUAUAAUUGUGGGUGGUGUGGAUCAUCUAAUGAAUGCACUAUACGAGAAUUAUGUUAUGACCCCACACAAUGGGUGACAUCUGCACACCAGUGUCCAGCACAAGUUAUAAAUAGUUUUUCCCCAAGCAGUGGUCCCUUAGAUGGUGGAACUCGUGUAAGGAUUAGUGGAAUGAACAUGGGAGUGAGGGUGGAAGAUAUACAACAAGUUGUUGUAGCUGGUAGCUCGUGUCAAAUUAUUGAACGUUUGUACGAAACAUCUGUAACAGUGGUUUGUGAAACCAGUGCCCAUAUAAAUGAAGCUUCCGGUAAAAUUUCGGUCACAGUUCGAAAUAUAACUGUGGAAUCAGAAAAGGAAUUCUCAUUCAGGAACCCAAAAAUCACGGAUCUGGUUACAAGAGCAGGCCCUCAAGCUGGCGGAACGCUUAUAAAUAUUGAAGGAACAAACCUAAAUACUGGCUUGUUUAUAUCAGUUGAUAUUGGAACUUUACCUUGUCGGGUUGUUACGCCAGUAUUAUCAAAUACACUGAAAUGUACAACCUCUCCUGCAGCCCAUGUUAUGAAUAACCAACCUGUCACCGUUCACUUUGACAACCUAAGCUUACGAACUCCGUUUACAUUUCAAUACAAAGAAAAUCCAACGGUAAAGGAAUACUCUACAUUAUCUCCAAACAAAUUGACCAGUUUUCUUGCUGGUGGACGAAAUAUUUCAUUCAUUGGCAGCAAUUUCAAUGUAGUGCAAACACCAAAACUUCUAGUUACGGUCCGAAACCGUCGAAAACGGAGUAUUUUUUCGUCAGUAAUUCGAGCAUGGAAACACAAGCGCUCAGUAAAUGAACUUCCAGCUCUCACAGACACAGAUUAUUUAUCCUCAUGUGUUGUGGUAAACAAUACAUACAUGAUAUGUCCAACACCACUGAUAAGCAAAGGCCAGGGCAGUAACGCAUCCACAAAUAUUUCCGAUACUUUGUUUCUAAAUUCCACCCCCCUUCUUAAAAUGGACAACCAUGUUUAUAACUUUCCACCUAACGCUUAUCUCAAGUAUUAUCCCAAUCCACAAGUUCAACCACUGGAGCCACAAAGCCAACAGAGAGAAAAUGAAUAUCUUAAGAUUAAGGUUUACAAUUUGAACAAAGAUGCGAUCACGAAAAGUGAGUUUAUUGUUAUGAUUGGAAACCAGAGAUGUUACGUGGAUUCAUUGAAUGAAGAAGAUGUGUUGUGUACUGUACCUCCUAGACAAGGUGGUGGUUUAACAUAUGACGUGACGUACAAGAUUGGAAAUAUUGCUGGAAAUUUGGGGCAGAUGAGUUAUUACACUGAACCAAGCACUUUGCAACAGAAUGUUAUUAUUGGGAUAGUGGUAGCAGCAGUAGUGGUGGUCAUUAUUAUUAUUGGAAUCAUUUGUUUUAUUCUGAGGAAAAGCAAGAUGUAUAAAGCCAAUAAAAAUGACUUCCAAAAAGCGAUGGAGAAUUUAGAAAUAUCUGUGCGCGCCGAUUUCCGCAAAGCUUUUGCAGAAUUAAGCAUAGAUAUGUCAGAUCUGACCGCUGAUAUUGGAGAUUUUGGAAUCCCGUGUUUGGAUUACCGGACUUACGUAACAAACUUGUUUUUCCCGAGUUACCGAUAUCACCCGUGUAUGAAAGAACCAGAGGCACAUAGUGAAUUACCAUCUGAUUUAAAGCAAGGAAUGUCGCAGUUUCUAUCUCUCCUUUCAAACCAUCAUUUCCUAACCAUGUUCAUACAUACAUUAGAAGAACAGAAAAGUUUCAGCAACCGAGAUAAAGGAAAUGUAGCUUCACUGCUUACCGUGGUGUUACAUCAGAAACUGGAUUAUUACACAGAGAUAAUGAAGUCACUAGUAUCCGAUCUGAUUGCUGUCAAUGUUCAAAGAAAUCCAAAGCUUAUUUUACGAAGAAGCGAUUCCGUUGCAGAGCGAAUGUUAAGUAACUGGAUGUACAUUUGUUUGUAUCCUUAUUUGAGGGACAUAGCUGGCAACCAUAUAUUUCUUCUACUGAAAGCAAUUAAACAGCAAGUUUCAAAAGGUCCACUUGAUGCUAUUACUGGUAAAGCAAGAUACACACUAAAUGAUGAUAGAUUGCUGAAGGAGGAUAUUGAAACUGAAAUAUUGACUUUAUUUGUUGCCCCAUCCCAUUCAACAGAUGAUGAACCUGUUAUUGUUAAAGUCCUUGAAUGUGAUGCAGUUACUCAGGUAAAAGAGAAAGUGAUUGACGCAGUUUACAAGCGAGUUUUAUUCUCACAACGACCAAAGUCUGAUGAGUUAGAUCUCGAAUGGCGGCAUGGUAGACAAGGGCACUUAGUUCUACCAACACAAGGUUACACCAUGGAAGCUGGGUCAAGAUGGAGAAGACUAAUGACGUUAAGUGAUUAUAAAGUUGGGAAUAACGCAACGUUAGCUCUUAUACCAAAACAACAAGAAGUUAAUGGAUCUCAGCAAGACAUGUCAAAUAUGUCAAACCAUAGUGUAGAUACAACAGCGUUGUCUCCCAUGCUACCUGAAGAUAACUCAGCUAAAAUGUAUCACUUGGUGAAAUACAGUGAUGAAUUGGAAGCAAAACGGGAAAGUACCAUCAAUCGUGAUCGACAUAAACAUAUCGCGGAGUUGUAUUUGCUCAGGUUAAUUAAUAUGAAGGGUAUUUUACAAAAUUACGUUGAUGCAGUUAUGCAGGCAAUAUUAAACCGCCACACAGUUCCUUGCCCAGUGAAAUAUUUCUUCCAUUUUCUCGAUGAAAUUGCUACAAAACAUGGGAUAACAGACCCAGAGGUUUUACAUAUAUGGAAAACAAACAGUUUGCUCGGUCGAUUCUGGGUGACAAUCCUCAAGAACCCAGAAUCAGUGUUCGAUAUAGAGAAGCCAGAUACGAUAGUUGCUUCCAUGGCUGUUAUAUCUCAAACUUUCAUUGAUGCUUGUUCUGUAACUGAACAUAAGCCUACCAAGGAUUCUCCAAUCCAUAAACAACUGUAUGCCAAGGAAAUCCCAACUUAUAAGAAGAUGGUGCAGGAAUAUUACAAAGGAAUAAAAGAGCAACAUACUGUUAGUGACCAAGACGUGAACGCUUACAUAGCGGAAAUAUCGCGGAAACACCCGUGUGAGUUUGAAGUUGAUUGAAGGAAUGUGGGGAUAUGUAAAUAAGUAUUAUGAAGAGAUGAAUGAAAGUUUGGAAAACGAUGUAAAUAUUAGCCCAGCAGUGCAGCAAAGGUUGCAACAUACAUAUAGUCUAAUAGAUAAUGCUGUCAAUGGUGUUUAGCUAAUCUAUACUACCUGCAAUUGGUAUAAACUAAAGUUUUGUAUUAUAAUCUUUCAAUAAUACCCUUGUGUUUUGGAAUUUUUUUUUACUCUGUAAAGUCAAAAAAUUAUUAAAAUUUUCGACAUUUAUUUUUCGUUCCAGUGCGCUCGCUCAACCAUUUUUGAUUAUUUUUUAUUUCUAUUUCAAGAAGGUGCGCAACUAGGGGGUGAACAUGGGUGGUCCCUUAAUAAUUUAAUUUUUAAUUAAAAUCAAUUCGCAAAUUUAUAAUUCAGGAAAUUGCAUAAUUAGUGAUAUAAAAUGUUUUUAACCCCCAAAAUUUUUGAGUUGUUAUCCGUUUUGUUUUUUGGAAAGUUAUUUGACAUGCAUGUUGUUUCUAGCAAUUAUGGGUUAACUGUAUCGAGUUCUAUAUUUAAAUCUAAAACAAAUAAUCUUGUGUUGAUAUGAUACUGCCUUAACUGCCGAUAACAAAUAAGCAAAAUAAACAAAUAAUGAUAUAA